AGACCGAACGCCCUGAGCAGAAACUGUCUUCGCAGCAGCCGACUGAGGAGAAUCUGGGAUCAGGUUGGGCUGAGAGAGUGACAGCAUCGCCGGAGAACUGGCAACGCGGUACGAUGAGGCCCCUCCCAGCGUUGACACACCGGAUCAUGCAAGCGGCUUCAACAAACAUUUGAUGAAGAAGAAUGGACUGCUCUUUGGAGCUCAGUGGGAUGCUGUGAUGGGAUGCCAUCACUGUCCACAGAGAUGAGAACAACAGCCUCGAAUUGGGUCACAGAAACUGACAGGAGGUCAGCGGAUGCCGAGGAUCAUCAUGUGCAGAGGUUUCAAACCACAGGCGUAUAGUUACCAUCUUACUGCACGCCACAAACGUACAAACUUUGUUUCCUUCUUGUCAGUUUAAGAAGAAAAUAUAGCUUUGUGAAGCUGAUUUCUACAGUUACUUGUGGAUCUAAACUUACAUUACAUUGGUUAUGGUUGGAUGAAGCACUGGAGCAGAGAAAAAAACAUUCCACAGAGAAAUUGUGUUGAAGCAUUCAUAAAAAAAAUGAAAUACACAUUUUACAGUCAUUUCAAAAGCCCAAGUUAUCAAUAUUCAAACACUGAUAAGUACAUAUGUAUAGGGUACAUAUUAAGUAAAAAUAAAUGUAUGAAUUUCUUUACUCGUAUUAUUGAUAUAUAUUUUAUUAAUAUCGUUUUAGUUCACAUAUGAAAAGAAGGAAAAAAUAUUUUUCAUCCAUGAACAUGAUUUAUGCCUAAAAUAAAAGUUAAAUUCAAAAUAUAAUUCUUGGUCCCAAUGUUGUGCUUAAAAAACACAGAGUUAAUAUGUUUUAAAGCACAAGAUAUGUCUGAAAGAAGAAUAUAUGGUAAAAAAAGAAAAAAAAAAGUGAAAACAGCAGGUCAGAAUUUCUCAGUGAUUGACAGCAAACACUUGUCUCUCCGCGUGGAGUGAAGUGACGUCAACGUCAGCAGAGACCGUAGAGUGCGCAUGCGUUAACUUGUAGCAAAUAGUAACAUGAUUGGAAACUUGCUUUUCCACGUUCUCUAUCCGUUUUCGCGAUACCUCUGCUCUAGGCCGACAGAAAUAUCAGGGGAUGCUUUCUCUCCUGCUGUGGUUAAAGGCACAGCAGAGUGGGAUGGUGGUUCUCUUACUGUCAGCUUCACCCCGUCUGAGACAUCCUUGGUGCACCAGAGUGGAGAAACGAAAGAAAGGGUAGAACGGGAAAAGAAGCUCCACCCAAACACUGACAUGGAAUCACAUGAAGGAACAAAACAGGAUGCAGACCCAGAAAUCACUGAGGUGCAAUCUGUUUUGCAGAAGGAUGAAGGAAAUCCCAAUGAAAACUGCAAUAAGAAGCAAGACAGUGAGGACAGACGCUCCUCCACAGAGGAUAUUGCUGGUUCAGAAGCAGAAGAGUUGAAAAGUCUACAAUCACAGAGCCAUGCGCAAGAAGAGAAGCUUACAACUGCCGAACAGAUUCAGACACAAAUCUCUUACAAUCCAGCUGAGAGCACCGAACAAAGUUGUUCAGCUGAGGAUCAACUCCAAACACCAAGCAAAAAGUCGCCCCAGACUUCAGUGGAGAAUGUGUCAGAAGUAUCCGAGUGUUGGGAUGAAUAUGCUCUUCCCUUCAGAAAGGAGGCAUCUGAUGGUGCGACGGCUCCUCAGUUUUCACCGUCCUCCCUGCAUCUUCAGCAUGUUGAAGCACACGAAGAUCAAACCUGUUGGCACUUCCCUCAGGGACCCGGCCUAAUGCAGGAAAUCCAGUGCAAACCUUGGGAAUUUCCUGCUAUGAGCUAUUACCUGCCAGUGGAACCAACGGAACCAUUCGAAGUAAUAUGGAGAGUCUGGGAAGAACUGAGCAAUCACAGUGCUGCACCGGAGCUUGAUCUGAUUCCCUUCCCCUUCAAUAAUGUGUCAAUGGACUUCACUGUCAUGUCCUACAACCUCCUUGCUCAGGAUUUACUAGAACUUAACCAGCAUUUGUAUGCACACUGCCCCCUGGAGGUGUUGGCGUGGAACUACCGCUACAAUCUACUUGUAGAGGAAAUUAAAAAAUGGACACCAGAUAUAUUGUGUCUUCAAGAAGUUCAGGAGAACCACUAUGUGGAACAGCUGCAUCCUGCCCUUGUUGAAAUGGGUUACUCCUGUGUGUACAAGCGUCGCACAGGAACCAAAACAGACGGCUGCGCCGUUUGUUAUCGCAGCAGUUGCUUUGCUGGAGUUAGCUCCACUGAACUGGAGUUCUUCAGGCCGGAAACGGAGCUGUUGAACCGUCACAAUGUGGGCAUUGUUUUACUGCUUCGCCCACUGGUGGCUCAAGGAGCGGCGCUCAAAGAGAGUGGACCGCCGCUGUGCGUGGCCAACACCCACCUGCUCUUCAACCCACGCAGGGGAGACAUCAAGCUGGCUCAGUUAGCCAUAAUGCUGGCAGAAAUCGAUGCUGUGGUGAAGGCCUGCAAGGUCAAAGGUGAACACUGCAAUGUUGUGCUGUGCGGGGACUUUAACUCCCUUCCAAACACUCCUCUGUACCAGCUCAUCGUCGCUGGUGAGCUCUUCUAUCAGGGACUGCCCACGUGGAUGGUAUCAGGCCAGGAGGACCUGUCCCACAAACUCAGCUGUCACAAACUGUCUGCCCCACUGUGGCCCAGCUCACUGGGUAUCACUGACAGCUGCCAGUACACCACCGCUAACAGUCAAGAGAGCCAGAGCCUGAAAGCAGGAAAAUGUCGCUACAGCCACGACUUCAUGCUGCAGCUGCGCUUCUGUCAAGCUGCGUGUGUUCGUCCUCCAGACUUGGUUCUGAUUGAAGGAGUGACCGACCUCGCCCCAGAUGCUUCAAAGCCAAAUCAUUAUCCUCAAAGAUUUCGGCACAUUCUCCAGCACAGACUAAACCUGGAAUCUGUCUACAAGCACGUUUUUCCUAACUUUGAAAGACCUGAGGUCACGACCUUGCACUCUGAAGGAGGAGCCACUGUGGACUAUAUCUUCUACACCCCAAAACGCACAUAUUCCCCUCAUCAAAAACCUAGAGAAAAGUUUUCCGGUGAAGGCCUGAAGCUCACCGGAUAUCUCUCUCUCCUGCCGGAGGAUGUGUUGUGGUCACUCAACGGUCUUCCCAACCACAUCUUCCCCUCCGACCACCUCAGUCUUUUGGCCCGCUUCCAGCUGGAUCUUAACAUUUCAUAAAGAAGAUCGCGACAAAUACGCCAGCCUCAAAAGCCGGCAGUCUGUUUGAGUUUAUUUGAUAGGGAUUUAAAAGAGAAGACAUUUCUCCGUUUUGUGUUUGAUUAGACAACAAGACUGAAAAAUAAAGGAACUUUUUGAUUUAAACUUUAAAACAAGGCACAGGCAGUGGUUUAUAAACCAGGUCCAUACAUGUGUGAUAGACAUAGGAGGUGGAUUUGUACGACACGCUAUGGUUUUGCACACUCACAGUACAUAAAUACAGACUGCAUAAAGCCCCGAUGCACAGAUAUUUCUUAGGUUAUGUUUCCAUUCAGUGUUCCUUUAUCCCACACACCUAAUAAAAAACUGUUCUGUACAUUUCCUAUACUAAAAUCAGUGUCAGCACCAGUUACUGUACACAUUUAAAGGCUACAUAAAAAAGCUUGUACAAACAAAGGUGUUCAGGAAGAAAAGCUGCUGGUCACCCGUUCAACACUGAAUAGGUCAAAGUGUGUGGCAAUUGUUGAAAGCAAUUUAAAGUUCCUCAGACUCGAAUCUGGUAUCCGUUGAUGUCGGUGGACGGCUUUUGUUCCAAAACUUUCUUCUCUCCGGAGGGACUGCAAUAAAUACAGAAAUGAGCAUCAA